UUUCUGUUCAUAUAAAAACUCUUUAGAACGUGUUAUAUUUUAAUAAUUUAAAUUCUCUCAUUUAAUCAUUUUGAGUAUAUGAAUACUGCUUUUUUCCAUACUUUGAUCUUUCUGUUUCGCGUAUAAAAACAAGACAAGAGGUUAAUAUGUCUUAUCAGCUGAAUACUGAUGGUCAAGAAAAUGCAGUUAGUUCACAGCAAAUUCAAAACAAUCCAAUAUCUCGUAAUGUUGGUCUACAGAUCAAAAAAAGAAAACAGGGUAUUGAUGAUUUAGUAGAACAUGAACUAAUCAAUACGUCUCAGGAUAAAUCUACAAUGUUGAAGAGUCAAACGUCUGCUGCUUUUCACCAACAACUAUUACCAAUCACCCACGCAUCAACUUCUGCUUACAAUUAUUUGCCUGAUACCAACACAGUAGACAUGCAGUCAACAGCUUCAGCUAUUCCAAAAAAACCAAAAGCUGUGACAAAAAAGAAUGAAGAUAAAAAAGGUAGGACGUGCAUAAGUCCGAUCCAGAUGACAUCGGCUUCAAAGACGACACAAAAACCCAGAAGAGGAUCAAUUGAUGAAAUUAAUAUGGAAAUAAUAGAGGAAAAAUUGAAGCAGGAAAUGAUAAUGACCACACCAUCGACACUUCGGUUACAUCGAGUGACUAGACUUGAUGGGAAUUUUCUAAGUUAAUUUGAUGGUAGAUAAUAAUACUAUAAAUAUUGUUUUUUAUAAUAUUCAUAUUAAUAUAUAAAUGUAAUAAUAUUAUACAUUUUUUUCUCCAAAAAAAAUAAAAGACAA